AUGGCGCCUCCACCGCACAGCAAGCCCGAGAACACUCUCAAACGCGCCCAGGAACUCAUCGGCGUCCAGCAGCAGCAGGCCGCCCUGCAGCUCCUCCACGAACAUGUCACCUCCAAGCGCACCCGCAGCAGCCCCAUCGCCUCGCUCGAGCCCGUCAUGAUCCUCUUCGUCGAGCUCUGCGUCGACCUGCGCAAGGGUAAGCUCGCCAAGGACGGCCUGUACCAGUACAAGAACACCGCACAGAACACAAACGUCGGCACCAUCGAGCUCGUCUUCAAGAAGUUCAUCGAGCUCGCCGAGGCCAAGGUCACCGAGGCCCAGGCCAAGGCCGACGAGGUCCAGUCCUCGCUCGAAGGCACCUCGGGCGACGCAAAGAACAUCGAGGACCUCGAGGCCUCGGAGACCCCCGAGUCCAUCCUGCUCUCCACCGUCUCGGGCGAACAGGCCCGCGACCGCACCGACCGCGCCAUCGUCACCCCCUGGCUCAAGUUCCUGUGGGAGACCUACCGCACCGUGCUCGACAUCUUCAAGAACAACGCCCGCCUGGAGCUCAUGUACCAGUCCACCGCCCACCAGGCCUUCCAGUUCUGCUCAAAGUACGCCCGCAAGACCGAGUUCCGCCGUCUCUGCGAGCUUCUGCGCAACCACUUGCAGAAUGCCGCAAAGUUCUCCUCCCAGAUGCACGCCAUCAACCUGUCCGACCCCGACACACUGCAGCGUCACCUCGACACCCGCUUCCAGCAGCUGAACGUCGCCGUCGAGCUCGAGCUGUGGCAGGAGGCUUUCAGGAGCGUCGAGGACAUCCACACCCUGCUCAGCCUGAGCAAGCGCCCUGCCAAGAACGUCAUGAUGGCCAACUACUUCGAGAAGCUCACACGCAUCUUCUUGGUCAGCGAGAACUAUCUGUUCCACGCAGCCGCAUGGAGCCGCUACUACAACCUCCUCCGCCAGUCCGCUGCUGCCGUUGCCUCUGGACAGGGCUCCAAGAAGGACAACCCCGCCGUCACCGAGGCCGACAUGACCAAGGCUGCCUCUUUCGUCCUCCUUUCCGCCCUUUCCAUCCCCGUCAUCAGCACAUCCCGAUCCCGCGGUGCGCUUGUCGACGUCGACGCCGCCAAGAACAACAAGAACUCUCGCCUCACCAACUUGCUCGGCAUGAACCAGGCGCCCACCCGUGCCAUCCUGUUCAAGGACGCCCUCAGCAAGGGUCUGCUCAAGCGUGCUCGCCCUGAGAUCCGCGACCUCUACAACAUCCUCGAGGUCGACUUCCACCCUCUGUCCAUCUGCAAGAAGAUCUCCCCCAUCCUCGCGCAGAUUGGCGCCGACGAGGAGAUGAAGAAGUACGUGGGCCCGCUCCAGCAGGUCAUCCUUACCCGUCUCUUCCAGCAGCUGUCCCAGGUCUACGACUCGGUUCAGAUCAAGUUCGUGCUUGACCUCGCUCAGUUCCCUGAGCCCUUCGGUGUUAGCAAGGCUACCAUCGAGAAGUUCAUCAUGAACGGCUGCAAGAAGGGUGACCUUGCCAUUCGCAUCGAUCACGCUACAGGCGUCCUUACCUUUGACUCUGAUGUCUUCUCCUCUGCCAAGGCCAUGCAUACUGGAUCGGGUGCUGGCUCCGCCGAGACCGAGACUCGCUCCGUCCAGCGUCUCCAGAGCACACCGGCCGAGAUUGUUCGAUCUCAGCUCACACGCCUUGCCAAGUCCCUCUUUGUCACCUGCCAGUAUGUUGAUCCGUCGUUCAACGCAGAGCGCAUCAGGCUCAAGGAGGCUGCCCUUGCCCGUGCCAAGGAGGGCGCUGAGCAGGAGCACCAGGAGACCCUCGCUCGUCGCGACAUCAUCUCCCAGAAGAAGGAGGCUGCCGCAAAGGCGCUCCAGGCAAAGGAGAGCGAGGAGCAAACCAAGAAGGCGCUCCGCCAGCAGCAGUUGAAGGAAGAGGAGGCACGCCGCCUUGCCGAGGAGCAGCGUCUCCGCGCAGAACAGCGCAUCAAGGCUGAGCAACAGCGCAUUCAGCGUGAGGAGAUUGAGAAGCAGCUCAAGGAGUUGAAGCAGACCACCAAGGUUGACAUCGACCUCCCUGAGAACAUCGAUGACCUUGACUCGACUCGCAUCCGUAUCCUCAAGCUGCAGGCUCUCGAGAAGGAGAAGAGCCUGCUCGGCGAGACUCUCCGCAUCAGCGGCAAGAGGAUCGACCACUUGGAGCGUGCCUACCGUAAGGAGGAGAUCAAGCACCUCAAGGAGGACUACGAGAAGCAGAUGAAGGCCGACGAGGAGGCUUACGAGAAGGCCAAGGCCGAGGAGCUGAAGGAAGCCGAGCAGAGGCACAAGGAGGACGUUGCCCUCAAGCACCGCCUGUCCCGACUCGUACCCAUCUACUCCGACUUUGUCACCACCGUCAAGCAGAAUCGCAAGGCCGAGUUCGAGAAGCGCUCGAGGGCCGCACAGAAGGAGCUCGAGGCUAAGAAGGCUGCCCGCGUCAAGGAAGUCAAGGAGAGAUUUGCCAAGGAGAAGCGUGAGCGCGAAGAGGCUGAGCGACGACAGAGGGAAGAGGAGGAGCGUGAGGCUGCUGAGGCUGAGGCCAAGGCUGCCGCUGAGGAGGAGAAGCGCGCGAGGAUGGCCGAGGAGAAGGCCAAGAGGGACGAGGAGCGCAAGGCCCUCGACGAGAAGGCACGCAUCCAGCGCGAGCGCGAGGAGGCUGCGGAGGCCAAGCUCCAGGCAAGGAAGGCUGGCGGUUUCCGCUCCGAAGUCCCCGACCGCACAUUGUCCCGUGGCGCACCCGCUGCCGCAGAGCCCGAGUCCAGUGGACCACCCCGUCUCGCCCUCGCUGGCGGCAAGCCCUCGUGGCGUGACCGCAUGGCCGCAAAGGACUCUGGCGAAGGCCCCCCUGCUGCGCCCGCUGCUCAACCCACUCCUGUCACUGCUCCUACGGCUACUCCCCCUCCCUCUGAGGCACCACCUUCCCAGCGCUCCGGCUACGUUCCUCCCCACCUGCGAGGAGCUGGCGGCGCUGCCCCCGGUGGAGGCUGGCGUGAGCGUGAGGCUGCAGGACGCAGCGGUGACGCGCCAGCUCGUGCUGAGCGUCCCGAGCGUACCGACUCUAGCUCUCCUGCCGCUGGUGGCCGCUACGAGGCUCCUCGCCGUGGUUUCGGCGGUGACUCUGACCGCAAGGCAUCCCCCGCUACAGGUGGCCGGUGGGAGCCUCCCAGCCGUCGCGGCGCACCCGCCGACGGCGAGCGUGAGCCCGAGUCCCGCCCUCCUCCCGCGGGCGGUGCUAGCGAUGGCAAGUACAGGCCCGGUGCCUUCAGGCGCACUUAG